AGUGCAGUUUGAUCUGUGGGACUCAGAUGACGUCCCCGUGCCCCGGAAGGAGUUGCUCCAGAAGGUCAAAGGUGUCGAUGCGCUGGUCUGCGUGCUCACGGAGAAGAUCGACGCCGAGCUAUUGGACGCUGCAGGUCCUAACCUUAAGGUCCUGAGCACCAUGUCAGUGGGUUUUGACCACCUCUCCCUGGAGGAACUAAAGAAAAGGGGGAUCCGUGUGGGUUACACCCCAGAUGUGUUAACGGAUUCUGUAGCUGAAUUGACUGUCGCUCUGCUGCUGACCACCUCCAGGAGACUGAUAGAGGCUACGCAUGAAGCCAAGAGUGGUGGCUGGGGAACAUGGAGGACUCUGUGGCUGUGUGGAUAUGAGCUGGCUAACAGCACCGUGGGAAUCCUGGGACUGGGCAGGAUCGGAGUGGCUAUCGCUGAGCGUCUGAAGCCGUUCAAGGUUAAGAAGUUCAUCUACACGGACGUGGCUCCCCGACCAGAGCUGGCCAGUUUGAUCGACGCAGAAUAUGUCUCUAUGGAUGAGCUGGCCAGUCAGUCUGACUUCCUGACUGUGUGUUGUGCUCUGACACCAGAGACUAAAGACAUCUGUAACAAGGACCUGUUCUCCAAAAUGAAGAAUACCUCCAUCUUCAUCAACACCAGCAGAGGAGGGGUGGUAGACCAGGAGGAUCUGUAUGAAGCCCUGUCCAGCGGUCAGAUAGCUGGAGCUGGACUCGACGUCACCGUCCCUGAACCCCUGCCCACCAGCCACCCGCUCUUCACCCUUAACAACUGUGUGAUCCUCCCCCACAUUGCCAGUGCGUCCUACUCCACGCGUAAUGCCAUGUCUGCUCUGGCAGCCAACAACCUGCUACUGGGCCUGAAGGGACAGCCAAUGAUCAAAGAGCUCAAGCUGUAGCUGCCAAUCACCUGCUUUCAGAAACACCAGAGAAGAACCAAUCACCUGCUUUCAGGAAACACCAGAGAAGAACCAAUCACCUGCUUUCAGAAACACCAGAGAACCAAUCACCUGCUUUCAGAAACACCAGAGAACCAAUCACCUGCUUUCAGAAACACCAGAGAACCAAUCACCUGCUUUCGGAAACACCAGAGAAGAACCAAUCACCUGCUUUCGGGAAACACCAGAGAAGAACCAAUCACCUGCUUUCGGGAAACACCAAUCACCUGCUUUCAGGAAACACCAGAGAAGAACCAAUGAUUGAAGAGCUCUUACCAGAACUGUAAAUGAUAUAGUUGACUCUGGUCACGAGAUGAGUAGAUUAUAGAGAAUAGUGGUGCUGUUGUCAUCCACCAUUUUCACUCGACACGGUACAUACCGUAGCACUCAGCACUUCCUCGUGGGAGAUGAUUUUUUUAUGAUUUUGUUUCAUAAUGAUAAUAAUGACGAAGGACAACAAUAAACAUGGAACUUUCCCCAUCUUUUAAUUCAGUCUGUGAUGACUGGAA